CAAUGCAUUAAAAUUAACUGCUGGCCCGGGAAUUAUGGCAUUACGAGGAUCACAUUGGGUUAAGCGUCGCAAACAGUUGAAUCCCUCAUUCAGGAACAAUGUCCUGAUGAGCUUCCUUCCGCUGUUCAACGAGGAGACGAAUAACCUGAUCUCUUUGCUGGACACUCUUGUGGGCCAGGGUGAACAGAAACUGUUGCCGGAGUUUAUAAACUGGUCGUUUACAACAGCGAUCCAAUCUACAAUGGGCAGCGAUGUGAAGGAGAAUCCAGGCAUCAAGAAUGGGACGGUACUCCAAACAUUUCAUAAUCUCCUGGAAGAUGCAAAUAUCUCAGUGAUACAUCUCUGGCGCCAGAACCGGAUCAUUGCAACACUCUUAGGCAUCCAACAGCGGAGAUCAAAAAUGCUGAAUUAUUUGAAUGCGUUUGCUCUAUCUAUAAUAGAGGAAAAGCUGCAGACAAAAAGCAAUGAGAGCACAGAAACUUUGGCGAGCAGGAAUACAAUUAUCAAUCGAGUUGUGGAGCUGAUAAAAAGCGGAGAGCUUUCCUACGCAGAUGCCAGAUGCGAGUGCCUUCUUAUCGUCGUUGCUGCCUUCGAGACAUCGGCCGUAACAGUCUUUAACACUCUUACUUUGUUGGCCAUGUUUCCCGAGUAUCAAGAUACAGCCUUUGAGGAGCUGAAAAAUGUCUUCCCUAAUGGAGCAGACUCUGAGGUCUCCCACGAUGACAUACAGAAACUGGUGUUCUUGGAUCGUGUGGUGAACGAGUCGAUGCGGCUGCUACCUCCAGUUCCUCUACUCCCACGGGAGACCUCAGCGGACUUGCAACUCUCAAAUGGUAUUCUGAUCCCCAAAGGUGUUACAGUUGCCAUUGACAUACUGAACGUUCAUCGCAACAAGAAUUUCUGGGGCCCGGAGGCAGAUACCUUCAAUCCCGACAACUUUCUUCCCAAAAACAUUCGGGAAAGGCAUCCCUACGCAUUCAUUCCGUUCAAUAAGGGCAAAAGAAAUUGUCUAGGCUGGAAAUAUGCGGAGCUCUCUACAAAGAUUGCCUUGGCCAAGAUACUGAGGAACUUUCGCGUGAGCACAAGCUUUCGUUAUGAGGAUAUCUCCUUCCUUGAAAAUAUUGUUCUGGAGUUCAGGGAAAAACCGCUUUUUCAAGUGCACAGGAGGUGA